AAGAAAAAGCCAAACUUUUCCGAAAAGAACAAGAAGACGGAGACACACGAGAACAAAAAUUUGGUAUUGUAAGUAUCAAAGCAAAAGAAAAGAAAAUAGUGGCUUUCUUACUUACCUAUAAGGAUCCUUCUAUUCCUUCAGAUAAUAAACAAUUUCAAGAAGCAUUAUCAUUAGUCACUAAAGACAAAGAAAUUAACUUAGAAAGAUGCCGCUUUUUUCAACAAAAAGAACAAUCAGGAAUUUACCUUCAUCAUAAUAAAAAAAUCGGAGCUGUGGUUUUAAUUCAAGGAGGGAACGAAGAAAUUGCUCAUGAACUAGCCCUCCAAAUAGUGGCAAACAAACCUCAAUUUCUUUCGCUAGAUAGUAUACCUCGAGAGAUUUUAGAAAAAGAAAAGCAAAAGUUUUUCGCCCAAGCCCAAGAAGAAAAUCCAGGAAAAAAUCCAGAAAUUAUUCAAAGAAUCGUACAAGGUAAAUUAAAUAAACACUUAACUAGCACUUGUUUUUUAGAACAAAGUAAUUUUCGCGACCCAGAAACUAAAAUUAAAGACUAUCUGGCAGAAAAUCAAGUAAAAAUCAAAGAUUUUUAUUUACUUGCUAUUUAA